GCGAUUCCGUCGUUUAUAAAUCACAGCUGUGGCUCUGGCCCCGUCCUACUCAGUGCAGCACAGCACACCAAAGAGGUUUUGAUGUUGGGAUGAGCCGCUGUUUUCGUCUCCCGUCUAUUAUCUAAACCCGAUGAACCAUGGCAACUAGCAAGUUCCUGAAACUGCAUCCCCGCCGUCCGGGUGCUCGGUUGGCGGUGCAGUCAAUGCAGUCAAGCACUCGAACCUGCCUCUGUCUACAUUCCAGACUUCAACUCCGCAACCUCCCUCCGUGCUCCCCAGCGGCAUACGACCCCUAUGUACAACCACGCCCUGGACGAUAUGGCCGGCCCUGGUGGUGCUCUGGGGAGUUUGUAGGAUGUUCAUCCAGCAGCAUCAUGACCGCACGGAUAAGAGCAUCUCGCCGCCGCCACAACAUGCACGAUGUGUGGAUAUCGGAGGGAACUGGUCCGCAGAUUUGGAUCACAUUUCGUUUCUGACUUAGCUUGGAUGGACGCUCUCGCCUUUCCGAUCCAGGAUUGGCCAAAUGACUAUCUUCUCCUGUGUAAGAUGUCAGGACUUUUGCGCAUGAGUUAUCGACCGAGGAAAGACACCCCGCCUCUCACCAACCAUCCCUUGCACACCCAGAGAUCAUGCCAGGCAAUCCAGGUGUCUUGAAUCCAGGUUCCUCGG